GUAGUUCUAAAUGAGAACUCAACUGAACUGCAGAAGGCACUGAAAACUGUUAAUGCUUACACAUCAUUGUACUUCUCUCAAGUUCGCCUCAACUUCUCAAAAAAUGAGGAACCUAAGAAUACUGAGAAAAAUAUACCAAAAUGGAGAGUAAAGAAGGACAUUGUUUCUAAGGCAUCUGUUGACGCUCGGACUCGGUUUUUAGUAAAAGGUCUUGGUGUCCACCUGACUGAGGGAGGUCGUUUAAGAAAACUUGAAGACUUACGCAACCACCUCAGACAAUACCCACAAGCUAAAGGAGUAGCUGUCAAGAGAGGAGGUAUUCAACGAUUAUUGAAAAUCGUAGAAAGGACAACGAAUGAAUCGGUGAAAUGUGAAGCACGGGAAGCUCUGGCCUUGUUGGGUUACACAUCACCUGUUAAAGCUCAUGGCAUUAGACUCCUGACAAUUGAUGGUGGAGGUGUGAGAGGCUUGGUCGCCUUAGAAGUACUGAGAAAAAUUGAGCAAGAAGCAGGUCAUCCUAUUCAUGAACUCUUUGAUUAUAUUUGUGGUGUGUCAACUGGAGCUAUUCUUGCUGUCAUGAUGGGUGUACAUCGAUUUUCAUUAGAUGAGUGUGAGACAAUGUAUAGGGAACUGAGUACACAGAUCUUCACUCAGACAACUUUUAAAGGAGCCACCAGUCUGUUCAUGAGGAACUCCUACUACGACUCUAAUUCUUGGACGGAGAUACUGAAAGAGCACAUGGGUGCUAAGUCCCUCAUUGAAACAGCACGAGAUGCAGAUGGUCCCAAGCUAUGCCUCGUCGCUACAUCAGCCAACACAAACAGAAUCCAGGCGUACCUCUUCCGUAAUUACAAUCUUCCUUACCGAGUUACUAGUCACUACCAGGGAACAUCAUUACCUCUAAUCUGGGAAGCUGUGAGAGCCUCUGCUGCAGCUCCCGGUUACUUUUCUGAGUUCAGGAUAGGAGACCUGAUAUUAUUGGAUGGUGGAUUAUUUGUAAACAACCCAACUGCAAUUGCUGUUCAUGAGGCCAAGCAGUUAUGGCCAGAUGUUGAGCUCCAAUGUGUGGUAUCAGUGGGUACUGGAAGACAUGAACCCAUUGCCAGUACCAGUGAGGCAUCCAUCAGCUGGGCUACACGCAUUAGAACGGUUCUCAACAGUGCUACUGAUACUGAAGGGGUCCACACCACCAUGCAUGACUUGCUACCCGGCAAAGUGUAUUAUAGAUUCAACCCGUAUCUCAGCGACGAAAUUGGCCUGGAUGAGAUUGGAGAAGAGCGCCUGUCAAUAAUGAUGGAGGACACAAAACUAUACCUACGUAAGAAUGAGAUGAAGAUCAAAGAGGCUGUCCAGGGUCUCACCAGGACCAAGAACCCAUUAGACCGUGUUAAAGAUUGGUAUCAGUAUCAGCUGCAGGUGUGGCCAUCAGUAUAGGUUCAUGUAUCAGUCUCCGUUACAGGUCACCAAUUACCGGUACUAGUCUUAGGUAUUACAGUAAAUCAGUCACAAGUUUGGUUAUCAAUAUAAGUUACAGAUCGUGGAAAUCCCUUAUGAAGUACUUGCAUGUAUAAAUUGCUAAGACUAUCAAAAAAAAUAUUUGAAAACAAUAAUUACUGCAUUGUGAGAAACAUCUUUUAUAAAAAUUAAGGUAUAAAAAGAAAAUAGGAAAAAGGGACACUACUUACAAACUGUAAGAUGUCUGUGGUGUGAGAAGUGAGGCAAUAUGGGAAACUGGAGUCUUGGGUGGGGAUGCCAAGAGUUAAGUACAGGUAAACCUCUAUUUACGAUAAUUCGCUUUAACAAUGCUGAUAUAUUAUGACCAUUUCCUUAUUUGUGGUGUAAACAGACUCGCAUUAAUGAUAUUCGUCAUUCCACCAACUCGCCAAAUGAAACCUAUCACACUUCAUUUGUCAGCUGAGUCAUCUACCCGAACGCCGCCGUCUGGUGAAGUACAGUCCAGGCAUUGUUUCUUCUUGGUUACAUGUGUUUAAGGUAAUGGAUUUCAAUGUUUAUUGGUCAACAUCAGUGUUGCUUUAUUACCUUACAUUCAGAGGACGUCACUAAAGUUCACUUUGUACUCUGAAGUUCUGUCAUUCUGACUGUGAAGUGAUAUGUGAGCCUGAGGAGUGCUCCACGAGUGACCCACACACUCAUCAUGUGAAUCCUACUGCACCGAGCUUAGUGAGGAGGAAAGAUGUUACUUUAGAUGUGUUAAGGUAUUCUGAAGAGGGGGAACAAGUAGUGUAUAUUGCUAGAGCUCUAGGUUUGACAUUUAACAUAAUUUCUGAGGUUUUCCUAUUUUUUGUUUGAGAUCUUUUUGUUUUGUUAAAAAAGUCUAAAAGGCUUUAUUUGAGGUAAAUCUCCACAUUUAAAAAAAUUAUGUUAUUUUGUUAUCAAAAAAAUUUAUUAUUAAAGGUUAGAAGCAAAUUUAAAUACUGUAUCAUAAAAGUUGUUUAAUGUAUCAUUUUGUUGCAUUUAUAUUAACUUAUUGGAUGAGUGAAUGAGGGAGGUCAUCUUGUGAGCCUUGAACCCUAACUCAGUUUCCUAUAGACCCUUUGUAUUUUUUUUACCUGGUUUCUACUUGCAUGGUGUUCUUUAAGGAUGUAACCACUGUGUACUGUACAUUGAGGUGAACUGUAGUUAUUUGGCAGCUUAAUACAGUACAGCAUUCCCUUAAAGCUUGCAGAGGUUAGGUAAAAUGGAUCCUGUGAGAAAGCAAAAUCAACGAUUUUUUCAUGUCGUCCCAGGAGUGUGCAAAAUACAUAUAAAUAGCUAUACACACAUGUACACGUGUAUAACAACAUUUUAUAUGCAUAAGACAAUAUAAUAAACAUGAAAUAACAUAAAUAACUAAACAUAAACAUGAAAUAACACUUACUGUAUUGUAGUGUUGACUCCUCUUGAUCCCUGGCAACUCUCCCCUUGCCAUAGGUAAGGUGAAUGAUGGUUAUGAUGAUGCUGAUGAAGAUGAUGAUGCUUGGUGAUGAUGUUCACUGCCCCUCACCCUCGUCAUCCUUUCUUGCAACUUGUCUAACAUCUUCAUCUUCUCUAUGUCAUCACUUUCAUUUCCCUCUUCUUAAAUGAGGUUUCAAUGCUAGAAUCACUUGCAGGGUGUUUAGGAGGCAUGGUGAAACACAAUGCUGCAAAGAAGCCAGUAAGUGAACAUCACUGGGAGGAGAGCAUACUGCAAACAAUGCUAGGUGUGGGGAAUCAUGUGCGCCACCUUGUGGCCGCAAGCUCACUCCAACAGCUGACGCUCGCCCUGAGCACCGCCUCUCAGCUUCAAAUAUAUUUUACUUAUUUUCCAUGGGAAUCCGCGAGUUUUCGAGGGACGCAAGCUUUAAAACCGCGAGCCUUGGGGGAAUAUUGUAUUACAAAAAAUAAGCAGAGAAAUUUUUUAACUUUUUAAAAGAAAUUUAUAUUAUUUUAACUGCUGUACAUGGCAGAUAUUGUAUAGAUAUAGGAAUUUUAUUUAUGAAAAGGAUACAUUAUAUUAGUUGUAACUGGAUGAAUAUAAAUUCACUUCUGGCAUUGUACUUAGACUACUACCAGAGUGUUCUUAGUGAUAUAUUAAAUUUACCUGUGAUUUACAUAUACCUGUACUCUCCUAAAUAGUAAAUUUAUGUUUUUAUAUAUUGUACAUCAAUUGAUGUUAGACAUAUGAGCACUGUUAUUCAGCUUAGUUUGAUUAAUCUUGACGAGAACAGCACUUAUUUUAUCCCAUUCCUUUGUAUUAACAUGGUUGCUUUUCGUGUAUGAGGAUGGUCAGCCCUAGGGCCACUUUGGCGUGAAUUUGUUUAAGGUGAAGAAACUGUUGCCAACACAACAACCACACCAUAAGUUAAUGAGUUGCAUGGCCCAAAGUCAAGGAAUAGUUCAAGAAGACCAGACAACUCCCCAUCUGCACUAGCUAACCAUUACCCCGGAACACAAUCCGCAAAUUGAUUAACAUCCAGGUCCCCAAUUACUGCUAGGUCGACAGAGGCAAACGGCAUAAAGAAAUUGCCCAUAGUUUCACCCUGCCCUAGUUCAAACCUAGGACCAUUCACUUGAGAGGUGAGUAUGCUGACCAUUACACUACCUGUUGCCAGUAAUGGUCAUCAUUUCUCCCAACCCAUACACGUGUAAUGCCUCCCACGAUGCUGUUCUGUGCACCCUAUCAUAUGCCUUUUCCAGUUCUCCUAUAAAACAUUAAAACCA